CUGACUUUCAUCGCGUUCUAGUCGUUUUGUGAGGAAAGCCGGUUGGCAGGCUCCACAAUGUCGACAAAGAACCUUCUAUCAACCUUCGCUGUCCAUUAUUUUGGCUUCACAAUGGCGUUGGACUACUCUAUUGUGCUUUUGUCAGUAGAAGAAUUAUGGAGUUCCCUCGGUGGAAGUGCAACUUUGUUUGGUUUCAUGUUCGGUAGUUACGCUCUUGCUCAAGCCGUUGUUUCGCCUCUACUGGGCUACAUCUCGGAUUUGCGUGGCUUAAAAUUCGCCGUGAUGUUGUCAUUGAUUAUUAAUGUAACGGGAAAUGGGUUGUAUGGCCUAUCCGUUUUGGCGCAAUCGCUUCAUAUGGUUUUUGUCGGUCGAUUUGUAGCAGGCCUUAGCGCGGGUUCGGUGACCCUUUCGCUAAUCUACUUGACGAACACGACUCCGCGAGAAACCCGUGGAAAAUCUGUGGCUAGCUUCAAGCUUGCCCAAGCAAUUGGCCUGUUAGGGGGGCCUUUAAUUGGAAUGUUUCUCGUACCUCUUUUGGCAGGUCAUGAAGAGACGACCACAACGACUAGUAAAAUAUUCAACUUGUAUACAACCCCUGCUUGGUUGGCGACCGCGAAUGUUGUGUUAAUCAUGUUACCACUGAUAAAAUUCUUUUUUAAGAACCCUAUGGCGCCACACAUGGCAAUGAAGUUUAAUUGCAGAGAGGCGAAAAGACUCGUUGUCCACUCUACAUUGUUGAUGUUGUCAGUGUUUUUCGGAACGGCGUGUUUCUGGGGAAUUAUCAGUGACUUAUUCACCCUUGCGUUCGGACAGUAUCACCUGAUAUCGUCGGAGAGAGACUUAUGGAAAGUUUAUAUUUCUGGUGGAAUCGCUUUCGUUGUCGCUGGAACUGUCAUACGGGGAACAAUUCACCGAAAACUAUCCCCCGCGAUGUUCUCAAUUCUUGGGUUGAUUGUUAAUGUCUGGGGAUUUGUUUUGCUUAUAGAUUACAAAUUAUCCGACAAAAGUUUGCAGAAUGGCUUUUACUUCGGAGCGGUGGCUCUUUCCACUUCCGGCGGAGCGUUUUUCUUCACUGGCGCGGGUGUUUAUUACUCGCAAAAGAUCACCGAUUUCAGCGACGAGGCGCGAAACCGCCGCGGAGUUUUUCUCGGUGUUUUCAACCUCGCCGAGGCACUCGGCAGAUUUGCCGGGCCCGCUGUUGUUUCAUUGUUUCUUCGUUUAACAGACAAAGGAACCGCACGAUGCGAGUCAGUCAAAUUUGAUCCUACCCACUGUCAAGUUUUGAACGUAAACAUCGUUCUCGCCGUCCUCUGUGGAAUUCUGUCUAUAAACCUAUUACUGUUUAUAUAUUACCAUGUUGUUCACGGGAAGAGGCGGACAGAUGGAUUCCUGCUCAGUAAUACGGACGUUACCAACCCUGGUGAAGGGCGACUCAGGUUUACGGACGAGACGGAUGAUUAUUUAGACAGGGAAAACGAGAGAAGAGUACCUUUCCGUUCUCAGAUGGAAUUAUCUCCCCCUCAAACUCAUAGGAGAUCAUCUCAUGCUUCUUCUCAGGACAGCAGUAUACACACUGUCUGAUCGGUUUAAUUUCAAAUGUACAAAGUAUGAAUAUAAAACACUCAAAUCUUUGAUAGUAGGGUGUAUAAGGUUCCACCCCAAAGUUCCAAUUAUAUGAGAUUUUCUUUCGGCACUGCGGCUGGGUGUUUGAUUGAAUUCAAACUUCGAUUACAAUGAAAAUUGUCUUUAAAUAUUACCACCCGCUUUGGCAUCCCAUACAAGUUCUAUGCAAAUUUUUGAAGAAUGUAUUAACGAAUUUAAUAUCGUCACGCAAUCUUCCAGUGAAUCGCCGGAAUUUUUUAGCCGAACUUUAGCAUGGAAAUAUACAGAUGAAGACAAGAAAGAGAUCUAUACUUUUAAUAUCAAAAAAAUUUCGAGAACGUUAUCUCGUUAUUCAUAAUUUAUUUUUUCCUUGUUAUCCCUUUCUUCCUUGAUUUCUGAGAAAUGCCCUCGGGCUAUUUAAGAAACUUGAACACGUUUUAUACCCAGAAAAGAAUUGACGUGUUUUUGUAACAUUCUUUAGAUAUACAUAUCUUCGAGAACAAUGCAAUACACAAUCUUUUGAUGCACAAACACUUCCAUAGUGGAAUGAAGCUUUAGUUUGAUUGUCAUAAAAACAAGAUAAUAUUUUAUUUAUCAUACGAAACCGGGGAAAACUGGUGAAGAUUAUCAAGGAUAGAGAGAGGUUAAAUUUUUGCAAAGUUGAACUUAAGAAUUUCACUUUUGUGUAUGAAAAUAUUCAAAACUUCAACCAUAAGCGUGACGGAAUGCGUCAAUUCAUUGUGAUGAGAAUGGUUACGUAACCAGUGCGUAACAAGCUCUCGGAUGGAACGGAAGCUUGAAAUUUUGUGGAACUUCAAUAGCAUUCUCCUAAGUGAAGUCUUAUUUACUAUCUCUUGGUUUGAAACUGGCCCACAGGCCGUAUUUCGGUUGCUAUAGAUCAUUCUGUAGACUUUACCUGAGUUAAAAGCUUAUAGAUUCAGUACAGGUGUAGAUAUAACUGAAGUUGACAGCACUCGACUGUAACCAGUGACAUUUACAUUGCUAUGCGACUCGCCGCCGCAAUAUCAAUAAUGGUACGUACAGAGUUAAUUUUGAAUAAAAUA